CUCGCACUCUAGCAAGCACUCUCGCGUUGUACGUCUCGUCAACAUCGCACCCCUCGCUCUAGAGGAAGGAAGUACAUUCAGCCCUGAGCCUGUUGCCUAACACAGCACCGCCUCCUCUUGGAACGCGAGCAGGGCUGCGGGAACGUCUCCAUCGCGAAGCGCGCAGGAAGCGCUUGAGGAGCAUUGACGGUCCGGAGGACCUUGACCGUUGACCAGACAGACAGACUGCUAUUUCGACGUUUCACAAUGCCGGUCCACUCGCGCCUGCGUCCAUUGUUGGACAACCUCAAGGAAAAGGCCAUGGGCUACGGGAUUCGCGGCGCCAUGGCCUACUCUCGCAACUACGACAAUAUCCAACGCUUCUGGCGAAUCGCAUUCAUCGCCUUCGUCUUUCACAACACUUACUCGGGCUUCCGGCCCAAACCCAAGAAGAUCAACAAGGGGAAGGCAGGUGGCGCACAGGAUCGGAAACGGAGAUCUGCGGGAGAUACUUCGCAGCUGGCGCUGCAGGCAGAGGAAAAGGAGGGCAUGUCUGCCUCCUCGGGGCGAGGGGGCAGGAAGGGGAAGAGCAAUGGCAAAGCACAGCGUGUUGCCGUCGAUGCAGUUUUCUUUGAGCGGCUGGGGCGCAUCAUGCGCAUCGUCAUUCCUUCUGCAAAGUCCAAGACGGCUCUUCUGCUGCUGCUGCACACAUUCUUCCUGGUCCUACGCACCAUGCUGUCGCUCUACGUGGCUGAUCUUGACGGUCGCAUCGUUGCGGCGCUCGUGCGCGCCCGUCCGCGCGAGUUCCUCAAAGGCAUCGCAUGGUGGAUGGCCGUCGCAGUACCUGCGACGUACACGAACAGCAUGAUCGAGUACCUCCAGUCCAAGAUCGCAUUGUCGUAUCGCACAGCGCUGACUCGCGAAGUGCAAGGAAAGUACCUGACCGACAUGACGUUCUACAAGCUCGGCAACUUGGACGACAGGAUUAAAAACGCCGACCAACUCAUCACGGUUGACGUGGCGAAAUUCAGCAACAGCCUCGCAGAGAUGUACAGCAAUCUCGCCAAGCCCGUCUUGGACGUGUGCCUCUACUCGUUCCAGCUCUCGCGCAACGUUGGCGGAGAGGCGCUGAUCCUGAUGACCAUCCUGGUCAACGGCUCGGCAGUCUUGUUGCGCAAGCUGACCCCACCUUUCGGCCAGUACGCCGCACAGGAGCAGCAGCUUGAGGGAGAGUUCAGGUUCUACCACAGCCGCCUGAUCGAGAAUGCAGAAGAGAUUGCCUUCUACCGCGGUCAGCACCACGAGCAGAACGUCAUCGAACGCGCUUACUUCAGCUUGAUUAAGCACGUCAACCGUGUCUACCGCAUUCGUAUCGGGCACGGCAUGGUCGAGGAGGGCAUCAUCAAGUGGCUGUGGGGUAGCAUUGGACUCGUUGUCUGCGCCGUACCGGUCUUUGUCAAGUUCCCUGGUGUGGCAGGCAAGCGCGAUGGCGGCAAUCUCGGCUCGCGCACGGAGUCCUUCGUCACCAACCGUCGCCUGCUACUUUCUAACUCGGACGCAUUCGGGCGUAUCAUGUACUCGUACAAGGAGCUUUCAGAGCUGGCCGGCUACACCGCGCGUGUUUCGCAGCUGCUCGACACGAUGGAUGAGGUAAAAGCGGGCAAGUUCCAGAAGAAGCUCGUCAGCUCGGCCGGGACUGAAUCCAAUGCCGCUGUCCUUGCUGGCCGCGGCGAGAUCGUCGAGGAGGCCGAGGUCAAGUUUGAGAACGUGCCAAUCCUGACGCCAAACGGCGAUGUGCUGCUCAAGAGCCUCAGCUUUGACGUCAAGGCAGGACAGCACCUCCUCAUCCUCGGCCCCAACGGCUGCGGCAAGAGCUCGCUGUUCCGCAUCCUCGGCGGCCUCUGGCCGGUCUAUGGCGGCGUCGUGCACAAGCCACCUCCGAGCGACUUUACGUACAUCCCUCAGCGUCCGUACCUCAGCCUCGGUACGCUGCGCGACCAAGUCAUCUACCCACACACAGUCACUGAGAUGCGCGCGCGGGGAAAGACUGACGAGGACCUGCUGCGCGUGCUUAGCGUGGUCCAGAUCGAACACAUCGUCGAGCGCGAGGGCGGAUGGGACGUACAGCGCGAGUGGAGGGACGCGCUCAGCGGUGGCGACAAGCAGAGGAUCGCCAUGGCCAGGCUGUUCUACCACGCGCCCAAAUACGCCAUUCUCGAUGAGUGCACCAGUGCGGUCACCCUCGAGAUUGAGAAGGUCAUGUACGACUAUGCGACGCAGCUUGGCAUCACGAUGAUGACAGUUUCGCACCGCCCUUCGCUCUGGAAGUACCACACAUGGGUCCUACAAUUCGACGGCCAAGGCAACUACGUCUUCACAGAGUUGGAUGCAGACAAGCGCCUUGCGCUGCAGGAGGAGAAGCAAGCGCUCGAGCAGAAAUUGCUCUCCGUGCCCAAGUGGGAGCAGCGCCUUGCAGCGCUCAAGCAGGCUGCUGCUGAACGCCCGCCGUCGCCUGUGCACACCAAGGCGUGAGCCUGCCCAGGCUGGGAUGAGCGAUGCAUAUCUCGCUUCUUAUGUAGUUUUACUGUCCAUGCUUCUUCUCUCGCAAGCUUGUACCAUUAGGAGCCUACGUAAAUGUGAAUUUGAGUUCAUUAUG